AGUGUGGUUUUUAGUUUUUAGUGUUUACUAUUGUGACGAUAUAUAUUUGAGUGGGAAGUGUUUGGUUAAAGUAUAAAGCCGAUAGUUUUAACAUUUCAUAUCUUUUUCGCUAUUGCGCUAAAACGUAGUGAAAAGAAGGUUCUCGCAAUGGUUUUACCGGUGAUAUUUAUCCGUAUUGACGAUCUUGUUACAUAGAAUACCGUAAAACAUUAAUUGUUUGUGUGAUCAGAUGAUUGCAUUUGUUGAUCGCGACUCGAAGGUCAGACCGCUAUGGUCAACAGAUUUACGUUAUUAGGAUUAGCAUUGUAACAAUUCCAAGUUGUUAUUCAGUAUUACGUAGCGUGUUGCAAGGAAUUCCCGUUUAAAUGAGGCUACAUACAGGCAAUGGUGGGGAGACGACAUGGUGUUUCAGUCAGGUGAAGGGUACAUUGGAGGACGACGUUACCGAGGCUGAUCUUAUAUCAUGUGUUGAGUUUAACCAUGAUGGGGAGCUGUUGGCCACUGGUGAUAAAGGCGGUAGAGUUGUUAUAUUUCAGAGGGACCCAGCAUCAAAACAAUGUGUUCCUAAGAAGGGCGAGUAUAAUGUAUACUCGACGUUCCAAUCACAUGAGCCAGAGUUUGAUUACCUCAAAUCCUUGGAGAUUGAGGAGAAGAUCAAUAAAAUUAGAUGGCUUAAAAGGAAGAAUCAGGCGCACUUCUUAUUGUCAACUAAUGACAAGACUAUUAAGUUAUGGAAAGUGUCGGAGCGGGACAAGCGCGUGACGGGUUACAACACGCGCGAGGAGGGCGGCCGGCCGCGCGACCCCACGCGCGUCACGGCGCUGCGCGUGCCCACCGUGCGGCCCGCCGACCUCAUGGUGGAGGCCUCGCCCAGACGGAUAUUCGCAAACGCACAUACAUACCACAUAAACUCGAUCUCACUGAAUUCUGACCAGGAGACGUACCUGUCGGCGGACGACCUACGUAUUAACUUGUGGCAUCUUGAAAUAACCGACCAGAGCUUCAAUAUCGUCGACAUUAAGCCCGCCAAUAUGGAGGAACUUACCGAGGUUAUAACAGCGGCAGAGUUCCACCCGACUGAAUGCAAUCUCUUUGUAUAUUCUAGUAGUAAGGGUACGAUAAGGCUGUGCGACAUGCGCGCGGCGGCGCUGUGCGACCGGCACGCGAAGCUGUUCGAGGAGCCGGAGGACCCACACGCGCGCUCCUUCUUCUCCGAGAUCAUAUCCUCCAUCAGUGACGUCAAGCUCAGCAACUCUGGCAGAUACAUGAUGUCUAGAGAUUACUUAGGUUUAAAAGUAUGGGAUCUUAGAAUGGAAACGAAGCCUGUAGAAACAUAUCCAGUACACGAGUAUCUUCGCUCAAAGCUGUGUUCGUUGUACGAGAAUGACUGUAUCUUUGAUAAGUUUGAGUGCUGCUGGAGCGGUGACGACCAGCGGCUAAUGACCGGUUCUUAUAAUGGAUUCUUUAGAAUAUUCGAGCGCGGCGGUGCGGGCGCGGGCGCGCGGCGCGGCGAGCUCACGCUGGAGGCGUCGCGGGACGCGGCCGCGCGGCCCCGCCAGCCGCUGCGCGCGCGGCGCGUCGCCGCCACCGCCAAGAGGAAGAAGGAUGAAAUAAGCGUAGACUGCUUGGACUUCAACAAGAAAAUCCUCCACACAGCCUGGCAUCCGCACGAGAGUAUCAUUGCCGUAGCUGCCACGAACAAUCUAUUCAUAUUCCAAGACAAAUUCUAGCGGGGCCCCUUAGCUAAGCCUUAGGUGAGCGAGGACAUACAUAAUAUACAAUACAAAUCACGUGAACCUUUUAUUUGCAACCUACAGCCUUAUAUUUGCAUCACAUAAACUGAUGUGCAAGCAAUAAUUAGAAUUAUAUUGUUGAAAUUAUUAAAGAUUAAAAAUUUAUGAAUUUGGAAAGGAAUUUUCGUAAUAGUUUCAAAAUGUUGUUGUAUAAAAAUGUCUUAGGGUUUAUACGAAAAUCUACAUAAACAUAAAGUACUCAUUUUUACAACAAGAUUCAGAAUUUAUUUAAAAAUUCUUUCCAAAGUCGUAUAAUAAGUUUUGAAUUUAAUGUAAAAGGUGUAAAUGAUUUUAUGUAAUAUACAAUAAUUUACAUUUUGAUUUCAAGCUUUUAGAUCUAAAUUAAACAAAUGCGACAAAAUCCUACAAUUUAUAUGAAUAAUAGAAAAAAAAAUGCUGUUAAAAUGUCCAUAGAAUAGAUAUAGCCUAAUAAUGUCUUACAUCAUUCUAAAAUUUAGACAUAUGUCCUCCUUGCCAUGGGCUAGUGUUAAAUCUUAUCAUGUUACAAAGAGGUAAUUGUCAGUUGAAGUUCUUAUUUAAUAUAAAAAAUAUAUAACAUACAUAAACAACUUCUUCGUGAACCAUUCAUAUUUGGAAAAAAAAAACUUUGUUUAAAGCAUCACAUUAAUCCACUAUUAAUUUAAGCUAUUACUGGCAACUACCUCUCCAUAUGUUAAAUGAAUUAAUCAGUUUGUAUGUUUGUUAUUUUUAAAUAAUACCAUUUACAUGUAACAAUGUAAUAUAAGUACCACCGUUUAUACCAAAUAAAUUUAUAAAUAAUUCAUAUAAAAAGGACUGACUCAAAUUGUUUUUGGGUCUAAAACUAUAUAAGUAAUAUUGAAAUCGGGAGCAUUGAUUUGUAAACAUUUAAAAACAAUAUAUUAAAAUGUUUGUCAAUUUGCUGUACCAAAUAUGAACUUUAUUCAUCGAACCGUAAGGCUUAAAUGUAAUUGCAAUCCAUUUCAAUUUUAUUUAAAAAAAAAACACAUCAAUGUCGUCCAUAUCGUUAACUCAAAAAGUCCAGUUGUUUAAAUAUUUCAACAUAUUAUAUAACAAACAUACAAUCUGACACAAUAUCGCUAGCUAGGUACUAAGGCCGUUAUUCAUACACUGAUAUAAUUUAUACGCUUUUCAUACUUAAGGUUCUAAGCGGUAAUUAAGUAUUUAUUGUUUAAAUGAUGAAAAACACUACAAUAGGUUGUCGCUUGACCAUACGGAUGAGAUUAGUUAGAAUUAUCAAUUGAUAAAUACUGAUGUGUCAAAUCUAUGACGAUAGACCUGCACAGAUAAUAAAUCGCAUAUGUUUCAUACGUCAGUGUUACCAGUUCAGAUAUUGGUAUUAAAAUCGGGACACGGGGGUGAUUUUUUUAAAUAUCAUUUCACUGAAAUACCCUCCGUGAGCCUUAAAUAGCCAUAGAACCGUCACCAUGUCGCGAAUAUUAUUAUAAUUAAGAAAAAAAAAAUCUAUUAUGUAUGAAUCCAACCUUCGUUUAUAUAAUUGGUUCGUUUAGUGUAUUUUUUAAAAUUACAAUCAAAAUAUGGUCUGAAAGGACAAUGAAAGUUGUUAAGUAACUACUAUGCGAAUUAAUUAUGCGAUCGUAUACGUAAUAUAAAACGCCUAAGGUUAUACCGGGUUUUUUUUAUAUUUUUUUUACCCGUGCCUUACACUGAACGCAGGUUUUUUUUGUUAAUUGUCGUUCAUUUAUUUAUUGUGUAUUUUUUUAAGUCUUUGUGAUUGUUUUUACUCAAUUUGGGGUUUAAUCCUCACGUUAACAUUGACUUGAUGUUUGUUAAAGAGUAGUUAACUAAGUCUGCCCUCUAAUCUAUAGUUCGAUAUUUUGUAUCAAAGUACACUGCAUCUGAAUAACUUCUUGUUAAAUUAAUUAAUUGAAUAUAAAUUCUUUGAACAUUAAUAUAAUUUAUAAAUACCGACAAAGUAAUUUAACAAAACAAAACCGAUUUCUGAAGAUAUAGUCGGGCUGUGAAUUUUGUGUUUUAGAUGUUAUAUAAGUUGCUAUUGAAUAAAAUGCCUUAUAACAUUGUAAUAAGAUUUGUAAUCCAUUGAGGGCAGAAAACGGUCAAGAAUGUUCUGGAAAGAAAUUCUAUAAAGGUAUAGGAAAGGACACAUUGAAUUUUUAUAUUCGUGUAAUAAAGUCUAAAGAAAAAACAAGGCAAUAUCCAAGAUAAAAAUGUUUGUUACAUUAGAAAUAACAGUUCAUUAGGGAUUAAUUGGGCAUACAUUACUUACAGUACAUUGUGAACGGUUUUUAUGUGAUUUAGUUUUCACUUAAUUGUAUUUAUAAGGAAGCUUGAACGAUAUAAUAUGUAAUUGAUGAAAAAAAAAAUGUAAAUAAGUGAAAGUAAGGAGGCCUGAACAAUAUAAAUAUAGGAUACUAUGUCACAACACUUGUAUUAUUGUACAGUUAUACAUAUAUUGUACUUUUUGUAAAGCUUUCUAAAAAAUUAUGUUCACCGAUUAUUAAAUAACUUUUUUUUUAAAUGUUUUUAUUGAGUGUUAACGAGUCAAACUUCUGUUGAUGGUACAAUGGACAUUCGAUUGACGUCAAUAAUAUACAUACAUAAUUGGAACUAUAUCAUAGUUAAUCAGUUAAAAUAUCAAUAAAAUAAACAUUCUAUAAACUAGUUAAUGGAUUGUGACAAGGUCCUAGUAGUGUAUAUUAUUGACCGUCUCCUGGUUAAGCCUCUAACAAAAUAGAGUCGUAAGGCACUUUCAUAGCUUGUGAAUGUAUGCCUUAUUACAUUUUUCUUUACGUUGGUCAGUUUGUAUAGUUGAUCUAAAUUAGGUUUCAUUGUGAGGGGCCCGGUCAAUUCUCCACGCGUUAGAUUAAGCGAACACAAAUCGAUGCUGUCUGCUAUGUUAUUGGUCGAUAGGGAAUAAUAGUGAUAAAUGUGUGAUAUUUAUCGGAAAAAUAAAAUUGCCUUCGCAGCUAAGUUAAUUGUUGCUUUGAAAGCAAUUUUGGAAUUGACUAAGACCCCACGUAUCACUGUAAAAAUGAGCUUUGUAGUAUAAAGCAAAGACAUGUAGUCGGUGAGUGAAAGAGGAUGUCUGUACGUCUUAAUUUAAGUCUAGGUUAUAGUUAGGCAAAAAAAAAACUGUGAAUGCAUACAGUGGAUAAAAAAAAAUCAGUUUUUUUUCUUUCCUGCAUCGAGGGAUCAACAGGUCGCUUUGUGAUAAGGGCGUUGUGUGAUAAACUGACAAAAAUGUAUGUGAAAGUUUGUGAGGUACCUCGAGAUGCGAUUGUUGACAACGAAAUCAUUGUGGCUGCCGGUCGGUUGUCGCGCCUUCGCCUUGAUGCUUUACAAGUUCUUUUUUUUAUUGAUUUAUUCAUGCUUUGUUGGUAAAUUUAAGAUAUAUAAAAAGUGUCAAAAUUAUUUCAAAUUGUGAAGUCUGUCUACUAGGCUAAGUCGUAGAGAAGAUAGCAUUUUAAUGAAUUCUUGAAGUUUUAUAACAUGGACAUUAUUAAAAAAAGUUUACAUUUUGCUAGUUUUUAAUUAUCUGUGGUAAAAUAAUAAGAUAAAAAAUAGUAAGAAAUUGUAAUGAAGGAUUUGUCCGUUUAGCCGUAUUCUGUAAUGGUCUUUAUAGCAUGAAUGUUAUUUUUUUUACUUUUGGUGUAAAAUAUGUAUGAAAUAUGUGCCAUGGUAUCAAGACGAGGGCGCGGGCGUGUUGUGCGGGAGUUGUUGUUGAAUCCAAAAUAUUUCCUAUAAUAUAAAUUUUUAUAUCUGAAA